GGACGCUUCUCAACUCCUCUUUUUCCCUUCACCUCCCAUCAACUCCAUCAUUUUACAUCGCCUGCGGCCCUAUAUUUUCAUCACGUUCCACGGCCAGGUUGCCUGCAGGUUAUAGCCAUCUGAGGAUCUCAACAUUACUUCGUGAUUCGACCCGUUUGGACCACGCACUGGAACUCAGGAACGGCCCGUCUCCUUCACUGACUUGACUAUCGCCGACUGUCUCACAGCUCACAGGACUUUGCAUAUUCUGACUCCCGUGGCCUAUUCCCUCGUCAGCACUCGCUCUCCCCUGUUGACCAGGAUUCGAGUUUGGGCCAUAGCCGGUUUCUAGGCCUGCGUUUUCCCCUUUGGUCACCGUCUGGUAUUGACCGCUGUGGUUGAUCUUCAUCCUUACAUUGCCAAUCAUGACUGAGGUCUCUUCCACCCGACUCUAUCUCGGGAACCUUCCCCGCAAUGUGACCAAACAGGAUAUCGAAGAGCAUUUCAGCACCCAUGGUACUGGAAAGAUCACAGAGAUCAAGCUUAUGAAUGGCUUUGGAUUCAUAGAAUACGAAGACGCGAUGGAUGCAAGAGAUAUUGUUCCUGCAUUCCACGGAAGUGAUUUCAAAGGCGAGCGCCUCACCGUGCAAUUUGCCAGGGGACCCCGGCGCAAGGAAAAUUUUCCAGUUCCCACGGACCGUCCAAAUCUCCCUCGUCCGCGACGUACUAUUUUCCGUAUGAUAAUUUCCGGUCUCCCGGAAACAAGCUGGCAGGACCUUAAAGACUUUGCCCGUCAGUCUGGCUUGGAUGUCGUCUAUUCGGAGACUGGCCGUGAGCCUGGAAGAGGGAUUGUCGAAUUUGAGACUGCCAAUGACCUGAAAACUGCGGUCGAGAAGCUCGAUGGCCGAGAGUUUAAAGGGACCAGAGUAACCUGUGUACCCGAUAUUCAGCCGUACGAUGAUCGCCCUUACCGUGAUCCAUACCGAUCCCGGUCCCCCCGUCGGGGUUAUCCACCGAUGGAUGAGUACGACCGCAGAUAUUCGGUGCCACGCGGCUACAGCCCGCGUAGCCAUUACCGCGAACGGUCCCCAAUUCCCAUGCGCCGGGACUACUAUGGUGAUGGCUACGGACGCCGCACCCCCCCUCGCCCUAGGAUGGAGGACUAUCCUCCCCCACGUCGUCCAUAUGAAGACCCUUAUGGCCCACCACCUCCGCCCCGGUAUGAUGAUCCGUACGCUGCUCCUCCGCGGCCUUACGGACGACCUCGGUCCCCGCCACGGGGUGACUAUGCUCCGUAUGAUCGCCGCUACUGGUAG